AUGACCAAGGCCGAGACGGGCGAGUUUCUGUUCGAUGAUCUGCGUCAGCUGGCCGCAAACCAUGCGCAACAGAAGAUUGAGUUCGAGAAGCUCAUCCCUGAGAACAUCUCCUUGGGGCUGUUUGUGGUGAGCAUGAGCAAGAUCCGCCAGCGGCUGUCAUCCAAGCACCAAGAUAUCGCCGAGAGACUGACCUUGAUGCUCACCAAGAGCGUUAAAGACCAGGCACAGGGCAGCAUCGACACGACGAUGGGUGCCUUUGACGUGAUCGGAACUGCAAAGACUCCGCUGGACGAUACCACCAUGUCCAUGAAGUGGGAGGUCUUUGGAUGGCCCCAAAAGAUCGCCGCUAAGAUCCAGCUGCGUGAAGUGGCCAACGCCCAGCUGAAAUUAAGCUACCAGCACGCAAUGGAAGAGGAGCAGACAGAGUACGUAGAGCGCCUCAAGAGCUUGCAGGACCAGGUGAACAAGAUGUCUCACUUUACAGACCUUUCGAAGGUGGAGCAAGUGAGCUCUAUGGUGCGCAGGAUGGAGAAGGACAUUGAAGAGUGCUCCGACCAGGCCAUCCUCUUCAACUCCAGGGAGCAGCUGUUUGCCAAGGAAACAACAGAGUAUGACCUCCUUGCGGACGUGCAAAAGUCCUUCGAGCCGUACUGCGACCUGUGGAAGAGAGUGGACGACUGGAUGAACUGGCAUAAGGGCUGGAUGAACGAUUCUUUUCUGUCGCUUGACGCCGAAGAGGUGGAGAAGAACGUAACCGUGGUCUCCAAAGCGCUCAUCAAGGCAGGCCGCUUCUUCGAGGCGAAUGGUCUGGAAGGUUGUUCCAAGAUUGCCCACUCUGUCAGAGAACAGGUGGACGAAUUCCUGCCCCUUUUGCCCGUGAUUUCCGGGUUGCGAACCGCGGGGAUGAGAGACCGCCACUGGGACCUACUCAGCGAGAAGCUCGGGGUAGACUUGCACCCGGAUGACGGCUACACUCUCACCAUGGUAAUCGAACAAGAGCUGCACAAGAACGCCGAGGUAAUCACAAAAGUCAGCGAGACAGCGAGCAAGGAGUUUGCGAUCGAGUCGGCUCUGGACAAGAUGCAGGGGGCCUGGGCGACGGUGAAGCUCAACACGGAAGAAUACCGAGAAACAGGACAGGUGGUGAGCGAGCUCAUCGACGGGUGGCUUGCUGUGCAGCGUAACUGGCUGUACUUGCAACCUAUCUUCGACUCGGAAGAUAUCAACAAGCAGCUACCCGCCGAGGGAAAGCGCUUCUCGAGCGUCGACAAGCACUGGAGAGCGACAAUGGCUUCUGCUGGGGGGGGUACCUUGUGCAUCAGGUUCUGUAACGACGCAAAGCUGCUGGACAAGUUCCGCGAGAGCGCCAAGCUGCUGGACAUGGUGCAGAAGGGCCUGAGCGACUAUCUCGAGACCAAGAGAGCGGGUUUCAGCCGAUUCUACUUCCUGUCCAACGAUGAGCUGCUCGAAAUUCUCAGCCAAACGAAGGACCCGUUACGAGUGCAACCGCAUCUCCGGAAGUGCUUUGAGGGUAUUAAGACGGUGGACUUUGCCGACGACUUGACUAUCCACGGCAUGAACUCAUCAGAGGGCGAGAAGGUGCCAUUCAAGGCGCCGGUGAACCCGAACGGCAAGAACAUCGAGAACUGGAUGGUAGAGGUUUGCGAUAUGAUGUGUGCCAGCGUAAGGGAGCAGAUGAUGCUUGGAGUCAACGACUACCUUGUCAUCGACCGGACGCAGUGGAUGCAGAACUGGCCCGGACAGAUUGUGCUUAACGGAUCUCAGGUGCACUGGACGGCGGAGACGGAGGCGGCGAUGCUGGAAGGCGGCAACGAGGGGGUACACCGCUACUACGAGCAGCUCAUCGGGCAGCUAAACGACAUGGUGUACCUCAUCCGCGGACAGCUUUCAAAGAUGGCUAGGGUCACCAUUGGGGCUUUGGCCGUCAUUGACGUCCACGCUCGCGAUGUCAUGAAAAAGAUGGCGGACGCGGGUGUUGCGGCAGCCACAGAUUUCGACUGGGCCUCACAGAUGCGUUUCUACUGGAGGGGCGACGACGAAACCGGCCACCUCAAGGUGGGCAACGAAAAGCAAAAGCGAGGAUACUUCUCCAAUGUAGUACGGGAGGCAUACCUGAGAUGGUAUCGUAAGGUUGGACCAUUGAACAAGGUUGUUAUGGUGUCGAGCGAGAGGCAAUACGGCUACGAGUAUCUCGGGAACUCCUUUCGUCUGGUGAUCACCCCUCUCACGGACAAGUGCUACCUCACCAUCAUGAGUGCGCUGCAGAUGAUCCUUGGCGGCGCCCCGGCGGGACCAGCAGGGUUGGCAUCUUCAGGAGCAUGGGCGUGCUUCGACGAGUUCAACCGCAUCAACAUUGAGGUGCUGAGUGUGAUUGCCCAACAAAUCAUGACCCUCCAAGGGGCUGUCCAGCGAGGGGAAAAGCGGGUUAUUUUCGAGGACACGGACAUAUUCGUGAAUCCAGACUUCGCCGUGUUUAUCACCAUGAACCCCGGGUACGCCGGCCGGUCGGCCCUGCCCGACAACUUGGAGGCGUUAUUCCGUCCCGUCGCCAUGAUGGUGCCGGACUACGCCCUGAUCGGCGAGAUCAUGCUUUUCAGCUUCGGCUACCUGGAAAACAGGAAAUGCGCCCAGAAGAUGGUGGCAACUUUCCGGCUUUGCUCGGAGCAGCUGUCCGCGCAGGACCACUAUGACUACGGCAUGCGAGCCGUGAAGACUGUCAUCUCCGCGGCCGGGAACCUCAAGAGGGCCAGUCCAGAGGCCAACGAGGAGGCGUUGCUCCUCAGAGCGUUACAGGACGUGAACGUGCCCAAGUUUCUGGCACACGACCUACCCCUGUUCGGCGGCAUCUUGAGCGACCUGUUCCCCGGCAUAGAGCGCCCAGCCUUUGACUAUGGGCCGCUGCUGAACUCGCUCAAGCUGGCCAUGCAGAACCAGGGCCUACAACCGGUACCAAUCUUCCUGACAAAGGCCAUUGAGCUGUACGAGAUGAUCUGCGUGCGACACGGCCUGAUGGUGGUGGGACCUACGGGCGGAGGCAAGAGCAAGAACAUCGCUGUUCUCAAGGAGGCUCUCACGCAUCUUAAGCGGCUGGGAGUUGAGGGCGAGCGUUACGAAAAGGUGGAGACGUUUCACCUUAACCCCAAGUCCAUCACAAUGGGACAGCUGUACGGCGAGUUUGACGACAACACCCACGAGUGGCAGGACGGUGUGUUGGCAGACUUGGUCCGCUCGUGCGCCCGAAAGGAAGUGUCAGAUCUCCAGUGGGUGCUGUUUGACGGCCCGGUGGAUGCUAUCUGGAUUGAAAACAUGAACACCGUGCUCGACGACAACAAAAAGCUGUGUUUAACCUCGGGAGAGAUUAUGUCCCUAUCCGAGCCGAUGACCAUGAUGUUCGAGCCGGAGGACCUAGCCGUCGCCUCCCCUGCCACGGUGUCCAGAUGCGGCAUGAUCUACAUGGAGCCUAAGAGCCUCGGGUUCGACCCGCUUGUGCAAUCCUGGCUCGUGCAGCUGCCAGAUGUCAUUGGUGCCGGUGAAAGGGUUACGCUGUCUCGGUUGUUCGACACGUACGUCGCAUCAACUCUAUCGGCCCUGCGCCGCUUCUGCUUCGAACCUCUGCCGUCGGUGGACGGGUGCCUUGUGCAGGGUCUGAUGAACAUCCUAGACUGCUACUUCGAGGAGUUUCGGCCGUUCGAAGGCGUCGUUCGGAAGACCCCAGAGGCCACCGAGAACCUCAAGAAGAGUGUGGAACCCCUCUUCAUGUUUGCUCUGGUGUGGUCGGUUCUCGCCACGGUCGACCGAAAGGGCCGGGAGUUCAUGGACCAAUUCAUCAGGGGCGAGAUGCGAUCAAGCGGUGCUGCGAAGCCCUUUCCCGAGGGAGAGCUGGUUUACGAUUUCUGCUUCGACCAGGAAACGAUGGAGUGGGUCCCGUGGAUGGAUACCGUGGCGCCAUACAAGCACGACCCCAAACUGGAGUUCUGUGAGCUUAUCAUCCCCACGGUAGACAGCGUCCGCUACACGUAUCUCCUCAAUCUCCUCAUCGACGGAGACAAGCACGUGCUCAUGACAGGUACAACACGCGGUGUCGUUAGCAAGACAUCCACACGUUGCACUCAUCCGUGGCUCUAUUCUGUCGUGGGAGCAAAGCAGAAGAUCACGAAGCGAUUCACAAGAAGGCUUCCCUUCUCAAAAGAGAGUUGGCUGUCGAUGUUUUCACCGGCUCAGGGGCAGGACCUGAUCGAUGGCAAGUGCGAAAAGCGAAGGAAGGGCGUUUUCGGCCCCACCGCUGGGAAGAAGUUCAUCCUGUUUGUGGACGACGUGAAUAUGCCAACGAAAGAGUUCUACGGCGCGCAGCCUCCGAUCGAAUUGCUCCGACAAUGGUUCGAUAGUGGCGGUUGGUACGACCGCAAGGCCUUGCAAUUCCGGUUGAUCAUCGAUGUUGUCUUCGUGUGCGCCUGCGGACCCCCGGGCGGGGGCCGAAACCCAGUGACGGCGCGCUUCUUCAGACACUUCAACAUCGUCGCGUACACGGCUAUGCAGGACGAUAGCAUGACGCUUAUUUUCCGGACAAUCUUCGGAAAUUUCUUGGAAAGGUUCUCGGCGGAGUGCAAAACCCUCGCAGAGCCCAUCGUAGCCGCCACUGUGGCAAUGUACAACACUAUCCUUGCGGAUCUAAGGCCCACCCCUGCCAAGAGUCACUACACUUACAACCUCAGGGAUUUGUCCAAGGUUUUCCAGGGCAUGUUGAUGAUGGAUCACCGCCGAGUGUCAACCGCUGCCGACCUAGCUCGCGUCUGGGUGCACGAGACACGUCGCGUGUUCGCCGACCGUCUGAUCUCCUACGAAGACAAGGACUGGUUUGAGGACCUCGCCAAGAAACAGGGGGCGGAGCACCUGGGGCUAGACUGGGAUGAAACUAUCGGAGCACCAGGAACAAAACGGAGCUUCCUCAUGUACGCCGACUUCCUUAUACCGGGGGCGGAGCCGAAGGUAAAGGACUUCGAGAAUCUGCAGAGCACCGUGGAGGAGUACCUCGGAGAGUUCAACGGCGAGAGCAAGCAGCCGAUGCAUCUGGUCAUGUUCGGAGACGCGAUCGAACACGUCUCCAGGAUCAGCCGAGUAAUACGGCAACCGAUGGGAAACGCCCUGCUGCUCGGGGUAGGGGGGUCUGGACGGCAGUCACUGACUCGCUUGGCAACAUUUAUGGCGGAUUUCGUUCUGUUCCAGAUUGAGAUCGCAAAGAACUACGGGACGGUCGAGUGGCAUGAGGACCUCAAGGUGUGCCUGAUGCAGGCCGGCGUGGACGACAAAUCCGUGGUUUUCCUCUUCAAUGACACCCAGAUCGUCAACGAGGGUAUGCUGGAAGACGUGAACAACAUCUUGAACUCGGGAGAUGUCCCUAACCUGUACGGGCCGGAGGAAAUGGACCGCAUUAUGACCGCUUGUAGGCCUAUCUGCGCCAAAAAGCGCAUCCCGGCGACCAAGCUAAACGUCUUCGCGCAGUACAUCAACCGCGUGCGGGCUAACAUCCACAUCGUCCUGUGCAUGUCGCCCCUGGGGGAAGCCUUCCGGACACGCCUCCGAAUGUUCCCCUCCAUUGUCAACUGUUGCACCAUUGACUGGUUCAUGGAGUGGCCCGACGAGGCUUUGAAAUCCGUGGCAACGCGCAGUCUCUCGGAGUCCAAACUGGAUCUAGGCGAGAAUGAGCGCAAGGUUGUCGAGAUGGUGAAGCAUGUGCAUCAGAGCGUGGCUAAGGAGUCCCUGGAGUUCUUGUCUUCCCUGAGGCGUUACAACUACGUGACACCGACGUCAUAUCUGGAGGUGCUGAGCACUUACAGAAAUGUCUUGACUAUGAAGAGGCUCGAAGUCGGCACCCUCAAGAACCGUCUGCAGGUUAUGAACAAGCAGGUGGGCUUGGACAAGAUCAUCUCGACGCAGGAGCAGGUAGGGGGGCUGCAAGAACAACUCACAGCCAUGGAACCGGUGCUGAUCAAGACCCAAGCCGAGGUAGAAGUGAUGAUCGUGACCAUCAUGCAGGACAAGGAAGAGGCGGGAAAGACGCAGAAGACGGUUAAGAGCCUCGGAAAGCCUCCGUACGGUGUGAAGCUGACGAUGGAGGCGACCUGCAUCAUGUUCGGCAUCAAGCCUGACAAGAUCAACGACCCCGACAACCCUGGGAAAAAGGCGAGUAGAGGGCCGCUUGUUUCUUUCGGGAGGGCAUCGCAUGGCAUGACAACUUCACCACCACGGGAAGAACCAAAGUGCCUUCUCCAUGUUCAUGAACCAGCAUGUCUGAUACUCUUCCGAUUUUUUUGCUGGCCGCCUCAGAUCAACGACUGGUUCGGUGCUGCGAAAAAGACCCUCCUGUCCAACGCCAAUAAGCUACUGCAAGACAUGCAGGAGUUCGACAAAGACAACAUUCCCGACAAGGUUAUCGCGGCAAUCGAUCCGUUCGUGGUCAACCCGGAUUUCGAGGCGAAGCAAAUCGAGAAGGCCUCUAAGGCCUGCACGGCCAUCUGUCUGUGGGUGCGGGCCAUGCACAAGUACAACAUGGUAGCCAAGCAAGUCGAGCCCAAGAGGAAGCUCCUGGCAGAGAAGCAGAUCGAACUGGACGUGACCAUGGCGGAGCUGGCCCAGGCGCAAUCUGUUUUGAAGGAAACCUUGGCCAAAGUGGCCGCACUGGAGGCCCAAUUUGACGAGGCCAACACCAAGAAGGAAAAACUGGUGGCCGAUGUGGAGGAGUGCAGGGCAAGGCUUGACCGCGCACAGAAGCUCAUCGGAGGGCUCGGUGGAGAGAAGGACCGAUGGACCGUGAGCGUGGCCCAGCUGACGAAGGACUACGAGAACCUGGUCGGGGACGUGUUAGUAUCGGCCGGCAUGAUCGCCUACUCGGGUCCAUUUACCCCCGACUUCCGGCAAAAGCUCGUCAAGGGCUGGCAGGAGAAGCUGGUAGAGCUUGACAUCCCGCACAGCGAUGGCUGCGACGUUCGCCUCACUCUUGCUGACCCCGUGCAGGGUCAAGCCAACCGCUACAUCAAGAACAUGGGAAAGGAUCCGAGCUUCUCCUUGAAUGGUAUCGAUGUAAUUAAGCUCAGCGACAAGAAUUUCUUGAGGACCCUCGAAAACGGCAUUCGAUUUGGGCGCUGGGUUCUCCUGGAAAACGUUCAGGAAGCCCUGGACGCGGCACUCGAGCCGCUGCUGCUCCAACAGAAGUUCAAGCAAGGGGGCACCGAAAUGAUCAAGGUGGGCGACUCCACCAUCCCGUGGAACGACCAGUUCCGAUUCUUCAUGACCACCAAGCUCAGCAACCCUCACUACCCCCCAGAGGUGUCUGUGAAGGUCAGCCUGCUCAACUUCGCCAUCACCUUCACUGGCCUCGAGGAUCAGCUACUUGGAGUGGUGGUCGUCGAGGAGAUGCCGGAGAUGCAGGAGAAAAAGAACACCUUAGACUUGCACAAUUGGUGCAUGGCGACAGUGACCCAGAACGUAACGAACAAGAACCUGGUUGCGAACGCAAAAAUGAAGAAAGAGCUACAGGAAAUCGAGAACCGCAUCCUGUUUUUGUUGAGCAAUUCCAAGGGGAACAUCCUGGACGAUCACGAGCUGAUCGAAACGCUCGCCUCUUCAAAGAAAACUUCUACAGAAAUCACGCUCAAGGUAGCGGAAGCGGAGGUGACAGAGAAGGAGAUCGAUUUGAAUCGCGAGGGAUACCGACCGGUCGCAUACCGAGGCGCUAUAAUGUACUUCUGCGUGAGAGACUUCAACGUUGUCGACCCCAUGUACCAGUACUCCUUGCAGUGGUUCACCAACCUCUUCGUGCAGGGGAUUCGUCUGAGCGAAAAGAGCGACGUCUUGGAGGAGCGAUUAGAGGAGCUCAACAACUUCUUCACCUACUACGUCUACACCAACGUGUGCAGGAGCCUAUUCGAGAAGGAUAAGUUGCUGUUUUCCUUCCUCAUCACGGUCAGGGUUCUUCAGGCGGGGGAAAACCCGGGCCCGGAUUGGAUCGACGCUCGUAUGUGGAGCGAAGUGCAAGCUUUGGCGGGAUUGCAGGCGUUCGAGGGUCUGGCGGCAAGCUUCGCAGGACCCCUGCUGGAGGAUUUCAAGAGCAUGUACGAUCACAUGGAGCCUCAAACUCUUCCUCUCCCUGGAGAGUGGGAGGGAAAACUCAACCCCCUCCAAAGGUUGUGCAUGUUGCGCUGCGUUCGGGCUGACAAAAUGCCGGACGCUAUCCUUAGCUACGUCAUGAACAGCCUCGGAAAAGAUUUUGUGGAACCGCCGCCGUUUGACCUGGAGUCAUGCUUCCAAGACUCCACGGUUCUCACCCCGCUCAUCUUCGUGCUGUCCAAGGGAUCGGACCCUACGAAGGUGUUUUACCAGUUUGCGGCCCAGAUGCGAUUUGAUAAGAAGGUCAAGGGCCUGAGUCUGGGGCAGGGACAGGGCUUGAAGGCCACCAGGCUGAUCGAGGAGGCUAGUCAAAAGGGGACGUGGGUGUACCUCCAGAAUUGCCAUUUGUAUAUAUCUUGGUUGGCGGAGCUGGAGCGUAUGUGCGAGGAGCUCAGUCCAGAGACGGUGCACAAGGACUUCCGCCUGUGGCUCACGAGCAUGCCGUGCAAGGAGUUCCCGGUGUCCAUCCUGCAGAACGGGGUCAAGAUGACCAAUGAACCGCCGAAGGGUUUGAAGGCGAACCUGAAGAGCGCCUACUACAAGUUGGACAACAACAAGCUAGGCGUCACUGCCAGCCCCGCCGUGUACAAGAAGCUGCUCUUCGCACUUUGCUUCUUCCACGCAAGCGUUCAGGGUCAGACCCCGUAG